AUUUGGGCUUGCUUUUGCCAGGCGUGCGCCCGGUGCGCCAGCGGGCCGGUAAAACAAUCAAUCGCACUUGAAACUCAUAGACAAGACAAGCUCCAGACCCCAGACGCUGCACUGCACCCGAGGCGCUCGGUCGUGCUCUACGUUUUAACUCAGAUCCCACGAUCCGCGUACUUCGCUCGAGCCAAAGAACUUCGAUCCUCAAUCCUGCCCUCGCCGCCAGCGCUCCCCGUCCACGUCCACAGCAAUAGCCCCCAUUCGCAUCAAUGAGAUAAUCAGCAUACCCGUAGUCCUCCUCGCUCCUCGCUCCUCGCCGCCUCCACCUCCGUACAGGCCACGUCAAGAGUGCGCCGCGCAACAGUGGCCCUUUGGCCAUGCCAAUAUGUCCGGAGCCUCGACGCCUGCGCUACCGUUAUAUCAUGUCCCCAACGGGUCAACCAAGGCUCCGCGCGCAGCGUCGCCGUUGCUGCAGCCUCCGGAGCCGCCGCAGCGCCGCGCAACACCUUCGUCGAUAACCUCCUCGUUCUCCCUCCUGUCUCCCCAAGAGACCGCGCGAAAGCUGUCAACGUCUGUCACCCGUGGCCUUUCCUCGUCAACCGCGUCCGCUCGAAUACACACCCAUGGCCUCAAUGAGCUCCCCCACGAGGAGCCGGAGCCACUAUGGCUACGGUUUAUCAAGCAGUUCAAGGAGACGCUGAUUCUGCUGUUGCUUGGGUCCGCCGUCGUGUCUCUAAUAAUGGGAAACCUGGAGGAUGCGGUCAGCAUCACGGCUGCCGUCACCAUCGUGGUCACAGUGGGCUUCGUGCAGGAAUAUCGGUCUGAAAAAUCGCUCGAAGCGCUAAGUCAAUUAGUCCCGCACUCAGCUCAUGUUAUUCGCGCUGGGGCGGAGCACCCGCGUAAUGGUCGAUUGGGGAACGACGCCAACUCCGAGGGCAUCGAAAUGGACAAUCUUAAAGAUACUCCAGCAUCUCUAGAAGCCGCCGAGGGUCAGUCCAUCACCAUAUCCGCUACGUUGCUGGUACCGGGCGAUUUAGUCCUGUUCCACACUGGCGAUCGCAUACCAGCAGAUAUCAGGAUCACUCAUGCGGCGGACCUUACCAUCGACGAGUCCAAUCUCACCGGCGAGAAUGAGCCGGUCCCAAAGUCGCCAGACACAAUCGCCGCUGCCGCCGGCAUACAGCGACCACGAUCGCCUUUCUACGCAUCACCCGCUGCGGGUACAGUUGGUGCCGAUAUUCGACUGAAUGAUCAGAAAAACAUCGCUUUUAUGGGCACACUUGUCCGUUCCGGAUACGGACAAGGUCUAGUAAUCGGUACAGGCGGAAAUACAGAGUUUGGAGCCAUAUCAGCAUCGCUACAGGAGAUCGAGAGCCCGCGAACACCAUUGCAGCUUUCUAUGGACAGACUCGGGAAAGAGCUCAGCUACAUGUCGUUUGGAGUCAUUGCCUUUAUCAUUUUGCUCGGCCUUUGGAGGGGCUGGGCGUUCCUGGAGAUGUUUCAGAUUGGUGUGUCUUUGGCCGUGGCGGCCAUUCCGGAAGGACUUCCUAUCAUUGUUACCGUCACGCUCGCUUUGGGUGUUCUCCGCAUGUCGAAGCGAGAUGCCAUUGUACGGCGUCUACCCAGUGUCGAGACACUGGCAUCCGUCAAUGUAGUCUGUAGCGACAAGACAGGCACAUUGACCACGAACCAUAUGACCGUUACGAAGAUCUGGCAUUUCGACGAGUUGUCUCCAAUCGAUGUGAAAAAGAAACACGAAUCGGCCGCUCUCGACUCGCCAACUCGCACGAUAUUAAGGGUUGGAAACAUUGUCAAUAAUGCGCGUCUCUUAGGCACCCGCGCAGCGUCCACCGCCGCUGUUCUGUCAUCCACCAUGGGCGAUGACACGUCAGGCGUAAAGAGCAGAUGGGUUGGGCAACCUACGGAUGUUGCGUUGCUCGAUUUAUUAGAUGCUUUUGGGGAGGAUGACGUAAGAGAGAGGAUCGGAGCUCGACGUUACGAAACACCCUUCAGUUCUGAAAGGAAGUGGAUGGGUGUAGUCAUCAGUGGAAGCUCAGGGCCAGAACUUACCCCCGGGCCGGACGUGGCAUACAUCAAAGGCGCCCUAGAGAAAGUGCUGGAUCGCUGUGAUACCUACGUCAACGCCCAAGGUCGGGAAGUCCCGUUAGAUCAAGCACGUAAGCAGGAGGCUAUGAAAGCGGCAGACAUGAUGGCGCAAGACGGGCUACGAGUGCUUGGAUUCGCAAGCGGCGCAUCAAAAGACGGUCGGAAAUCACCUAGCAAAGGUGUAAGUGGAACAGCAUCCCCAGGGCCACCAUCCAGCUCUGGGCUUGGCGAAGAUGAGCACUAUCGCGGCCUGGUAUUUGCGGGCCUUGUUGGCAUGAACGACCCGCCAAGGAAAGGUGUGGAGCGAUCCAUUCGGCGAUUGAUGGCUGGCAAGGUCAAGGUGAUCAUGAUCACCGGCGACGCAGAGACGACGGCCGUUGCUAUUGGCAGGAAGCUCGGUAUGCCGAUCAGCAUGAACUCGUCCAUCGGCCGGUCUGUCCUGCGCGGCGAUGAGUUGGACCAGAUGACCGAAGAGGAGCUCUCACAAGCCAUCGCCACAACCACUAUCUUUGCGAGGACAAGCCCGGAGCACAAGCUGAAGAUUGUUCGUGCCCUUCAAGCAAGAGGAGACGUUGUUGCUAUGACUGGCGAUGGCGUCAACGAUGCGCCGGCCUUGAAGAAAGCAGAUAUCGGCAUCUCCAUGGGGAAGUUAGGUACUGAUGUCGCCAAGGAGGCUGCUGACAUGAUUCUGACCGACGACAACUUCUCGACAAUCUUGAACGCAAUUGAGGAAGGGAAAGGCAUCUUCUACAACAUUCAGAACUUCCUCACAUUCCAGCUCAGCACCAGCGCAGCAGCACUUAGCUUGGUCCUGCUGAGCACUUUCCUCGGUUUCCAGAACCCGCUCAAUGCCAUGCAGAUCUUGUGGAUAAAUAUCCUCAUGGACGGCCCACCCGCGCAAUCUCUAGGCGUCGAGCCCGUCGACCCAGCCGUCAUGUCGCGCCCGCCUCGCCCACGCAAAGCGCGCGUCCUAACCCGAGCGCUCCUCCAACGCGUUGUCCAAUCCGCCACCAUCAUCAUGCUUGGCACCCUCACGACCUACUACCGCGAAAUGACCGCCGACAACGAAGUCACAGCCCGCGACACCACCAUGACCUUCACCUGCUUCGUUUUGUUCGACAUGUUCAACGCGCUGACCUGCCGCUCCGAGUCGAAAUCCGUGCUCGCCGGCGAAAUCGGCCUCUUCUCCAACAAGAUGUUUAAUUACGCCGUAUCGGGCAGUUUGAUUGGCCAGCUGUUGGUUAUCUACUUUCCGCCGCUGCAGAGCAUUUUCCAGACGGAGGCGCUGGGGUUAAUCGAUUUAGUGCAUUUAAUCGCCGUGGCGAGCUGUGUGUUUUGGGCGGAUGAGGGGAGGAAGUGGUUCCAGAGAUGGAAGAUGGGGAGGAGAUUGGUGGGCACUGGGUAUAGUGCUAGUGUAUGAUAUUGUAAGGGUUUAGGGUCCGUCUUUCGUAACGCCCCGUUGGAGUAGAUUGGGCCGUCGGAGACAUGGGAUGGAAAUACAUACAUGUACAUGACUUUUUCCAAGUGUGCCCUUUCUCCUUGCGCUCGAUCUUCUUCCUUUCGACGUGCGAAAUGCCGGUCAAAGAACCCCUCACUCCCUUCCAUCACAUCCU